GCUUCCUGCUCAGCCUCGCCACCUGGCAACCCGCCUGGGGGCUUGUUUUGGCAUUGGCAACUGAAUCCUGCCAACCUGCACCAUCAAAAAUCUGAUUCAUUUAUGGGUCGCAACUAUGGACAGUUUGUCCAAGAAGAUUCCAACAUUGGCACCGGUACAGAGUUAUCUUUGGGGGCCAAGACUGGACAUUCAUCAGUGGACAGCGAGAUAGAAACGAACUACACGAAACCCGGUCUUGUUAUGAGUUCUAGGCCCGGCACCGGACCUGGAUCAUCUGCUGGUCCGAGUUCCGCAGGGCAGCCAUACUAUCUUAAUCCCGGUCGCGGCCUGGCCGGCCAACUUGCAACAGUAGUGGCGGAAACUGGCUCGCUCGAUCAGUCCAUGCACUUGGAACUUCAAGAAGACAUCUCGGCGCGCCAUUAUCGAACUAGGGCUCUGGCCAAUGAGCUGGUAAAUCGACUCGAUAUAGGACGCAUCACUCGACGCUACCAUGCCUCUCGACUCGUAUGCAAGACUGGGCAUCCAGUUGGCAACGCUCAAGUUGCCAGUAUCAACAUUUACGUUAAGUUUUUAAAAGCCUAG